UCGCCUGGUAACCGGAGACGCUGGAGUUUCAGACACUGAACUCAGUCUGUGCUUUUAUUGAUAAUAAUUAUAACUUCAGACUCGCUGCAGCUCAGAUAUAUCCUAUAAUAGUGUCUCUGCUCUCUCUCCUGACUGACUGAGGACUGAGGGGGUCAUGGCGGAAACACACCCCACCUGUUUAGCAUCUAUUAUAUAUUUCCUGCGAGAGCGAUUCUACAGGCAGGCCAUUAACAGCACUGUGAGCUUUCUGAGAACUUACCCCAAUGACUCUGUGAUUUUGUUCUUCAAAGCUUUUGGAGCUCUGAAUGAAGGACAUACUCAAGAGGCCAUAAGGGAGCUUACCCAACUGAGAGACAAGCCUCAGACCUCUUUGUGCUCAGUGAUGGCUCUCCUUUGUGCACACAGGCAAAGUGAGACCCCAGAUCAAGAGGCAGUUUCUGAACUGGAAGCCUGUCUCAAGACAUCCAGAAGGACAGCUGAGGACAGGGACCUGUACUUCGCAGCUCUGCUCUACUGGAUUCUGGGACGAAAUGAGAAGGCCAGAGAUUAUGUAGAAAGGAUGCUGAAAAUGUCCACUACUUCCUCGCAGGGGCUCAUUCUAAAGGGCUGGAUUUUCCUGACCUCUGAAAAUGAGGCUCAUCGGUCGCAGGCCAUCCGAUACUUUGACGGUGGUUUACGAGACUCCAAAGAUGUGUUUGGAAUGAUGGGAAAGGCCGAGUUCUUCAUGUUGAGACAGAAUCAGUCGUGUGCUCUAGACAUGAUCAGUCAGGUCAUAGCCUCCCAUCCUAACUUCAUUCCAGCUCUCGUUCUCAAGAUGAACAUGUUUAUGUCGUUCCAUGACUGGGAACAGACAGCUGAGGUGGCUGAAAGAAUCCUUGAGACAGAGACACACAACUUGAAAGCCCUUCAGAUGAUGACUAUAAUCUCGGAAGCAAAGGACGGAGAUAUGAAGAAGGUGACAGAGUAUCUACAGCUUCUUCUGUGUGCCAUUGAAGUUUUGGAGCCCAGUACUUUCAGUCUGCAUGUGGAUUUCACGUUGCCAAUCAGUAGACUGUGUGGACACAACAGUGUGGUCGUGCAGAUGCUGACGGCGUUUGUGCAGAGAGCUGUGUCCAGAGCUCCAGAUAACUCUGCCAUGGACUGUGAGCUCGGCUACCUCCUCACAAUGCAGGGCACAUAUAAAGAGGCUCACAGGUGGUACACAAAGGCUUUGAAUAUAGACCAAGGAAGCAUGGCUGCAUCAAUAGGUAUGAUCAAGUGUCAACUGAUGGAUGGACAGGUGGAGAAAGCAUCUCAGCAGCUGGACUUUUUUCAGGAAGUGCAGCAGUCACUAGGACGGUCAGCGGAAGUGAGCCUUUUGCAGGCCAUUUUGGCCCAGAAGAAAGGAGCUGCGGAGGAGCGGGUUGUGGCCCUGCUGAAGGAGGCCACAGAGCUCCAUCUGCAGACCCUCCGUGGGCUUCCCCAUGGUGUGGACUAUCUGCAAAGACUCAAUCUCAACUUUCUGCUUCAGGUGGUUAGCAUGCAUCUUGCUAACAGUCAGGAUAUUCCACUUGAAGCUGGUCAGCUCCCACCCUUUGGACUGAAACAUUCCACUAUGAUUCUAGAGGCUGUAAUUAAAGCCGCUCCUGGUGUCUUAAUCAGUUGCUACUACAUGGCACGUGUCAAAUUUCUAAUAGGUGAUCAGGCUGCUGCUCAACACUUUCUAAACCUGUGUAUGGAUAAGGAGCCCACCAUGCCUGAGAUCCACCUGCUGCAGGCCAAACUUCACGUCCAUACUGGAGAAUACAGAAAGUCUCUCAGCUGUUUGGAGUCUGGUGUCAGUCAUAACUUUGAACUGAGGCAGAUGCCUCAGUAUAACUUAAUCAAAGCCAGAGCUCUGAAGGGGAUUGGGGAGCUGACAAAGGCCAUCCAGUGCCUACGUAUGUUGACGGCCAUGCCAGGGGUCAGGAGGGCCACUGAGGGACGUGAAACCUCUCUCUCCCUCAGUGAACGAGUUUCAGUGUUUCUGGAGCUUGCAGAUGCCCUGCGGCUGAAUGGAGAACAGCAUGAAGCUGCUAAUGUCAUGCAGGACGCGAUUUGGCUGUUUAAGGAGACCCCCGAAGAAAUGCGAGUUAUGGUGGCUAAUGUAGACCUAGCUUUAGCUAAAGAUGAUGUCGACACAGCUCUCAACGUACUGCGCACUAUCACACCCGGCAAUUCCUGCUACAUUCAGGGCAAGGAGAAGAUGGCUAAUAUUUACCUGGAGAGAAUGAGGAACAAGAAACUCUACAUAGAAAGUUACAGGGAAAUAUGCCAACAGCUACCUGGACCUCAUUCUAAAAUAUUGCUGGCUGAUGCUUUCAUGAAAAUACAAGAGCCUGAGAAAGCUAUUGAGGUAUAUCAGGAAGCAGUAAAAAUGGCACCAAAGGAUGCUACAUUUGUCAAGAAAAUUUGCCAAGCCCUGGUGAGGACAUACCAGUACGACAAGGCUGUGGAAUACUACAUGACUGCCCUCAGCACCAGCAGGAAUGACUCUGUGUAUCUCGAAUUAGCUGAGCUCCUGUUUAAACUCCAGCACUUUGAAAAAGCUCAGCACAUCCUGGAGAAGGCCUUGGAGCAUGAAAACAAUACCAGUCUGACCACAAUGAUGAAUGAUGUGAAGCUUUUACGAAUUCUGGUGAAAGUACUUCAUGCCCAAAACGAGCCUUGUCUGGAAACAUUACAAAAGAUCUAUGAACUUCAGCAGAGGGUUGUGAGACGUUUACCGUUUGAGCAGCCUGAAAAGAGUGAUGAGCAAAGGAGAGUUACAGCUGCUAUUUGCUGUGAGCAGGCUAAAGAAUACCACUACAGCAAUGAUUUAGAGAAGGCCGAGCAGUGCUACUCAGAGGCUCUGAACCACUGCCCAGAUGACACAGAGAUUAACUUUCAGAUUGCUCAGCUCUACUAUGAGCACCACAAACUGGAUUAUUGUAAAGACCAAUGUUUUAAGAUUCUGCAGCAUGACAAGAAACACACUGCUACCUCAAUGCUGUUAGGUGAUGUUUUAUUUCGGAAAAACCAAAAAGAAGAAGCCAUCAGCCUGUACACAGACAUCUUACAUCAAAAUCCAGGCAACUUUCAUGCUCUGGCCAGGCUUAUCCACAUGCUACACAGGGUGGGGAGACUGGAUGUUUUGCCAUUCUUUGUGAAGUGUGAAUCCCACUCACCAACUGCAGUUAAAGAACCAGGUUACCACUACUGCAAAGGCCUCUAUUACUGGCAUGCAUACCGUGUAAAAGAGGCAUUGAAACACCUGAGCCAGGCCAGGGGGGAUCCAGAAUGGGGGGAGGAGGCUGUGGAACUGAUGGUACGUAUCUGUCUUAACCCAGACCGGGAAACAUUUGGAGGAGAGGUGUUUAAGAGACCAGAGCAGGACCAAAGUUCUAGUUCGCCAGUUCCAUCAGACAUUGAUCGCAGUGAGUUAAUUGGAGUAAACAUGGCCCAGGAGUUGCUGAAGACCUUCCGUCCCCGCUCCAAAGCCAGUCAAGAUAAAGCCAGAAUCCUUUAUAACCUCUGCCUGGUUCACAGCAAGGAGCCGGAGCAGGUGGAGAAGGCUGUACUUAUGAUGUCUGAAAUGGCGGGAAAGAACGUGUUUUUGGAGGCCUCUUUGUUGGUAGCAGCUCAGGGUCUCCUACAGCUGAAACAGUUUCCUCGAGCCAGGAACUUUCUGAAGAGGAUCAGCAAAGUGCAGUGGACUCAUGCCAUUGCUGAGGACUUUGAGAAAAGCUGUCUGCUCCUCGCUGACAUGUACAUCACAAUGGGAAGAAACACAAAUGCAGAGAAACUUUUGAAUGACUGUAUACAACACAACAUGUCAUGCAGCAAGGCAUAUGAGUACAAGGGCUACAUGAUGGAAAAUGAUCAGAGAUACAAGGACGCUGCUGAGCUGUACGAGCUGGCCUGGAAAUACAGCCACUGCGUAGACCCUGCUGUCGGAUAUCGUCUUGCCUUCAAUUAUCUAAGAAGCAAGAAUUACACACUGGCAAUUGAUGUGUGCCAUCAGGUUCUGCUGGAAAAUCCUGAUUACCCUCAGAUCCGAGAUGAAAUUCUGGACCGUGCACUGCGUUCUCUCAGGCCAUGAGCACAAAGGGUCUUCUUUGAUGAUACAAAUGAUAAAAAUAGUGUUAGUUAUCAGUACAGGUUUUGUAUAGACACAGAAUAUGCACAAAAUAGACAUUUUAACUUUAUAUUUAAUUUAUCUGAAUGCUCUGUUUUUGUUCAGUAGCAAAAGGAAGUCCAGACAAAAUAUGUUUGCAUUGUUUAUGUAAAGUUGAGUUUAGACAAUGUUUGGAAGGGGUUUAAGUAUCAUUAUUAUAAUUGCCAUUGUCAUGCUUACAUAUUGCAAUGUAACAUGUUUUGAAUGUCUCCGAUAUGUUCAUCACGAAACUGUGAUCCAAUAUGAAUAAUAACUAAUACAUUUUGUUAGAAAGUAAAAAAAACACAGAAAGUCAGCAUUUGUGGAUUUUAAAUAAAACAUACAUGUGUAAGCAUAAUAAGAGUAAAGAGACAUCUUUAUCUGUGUGUAAAAUAAUAAAGAUUCCUGUUUGUAAAGUGAAGAUGCCCAGUGUAGCUUUUAAAUUUAGAACUAUUAUAAUUUUUCUGGGAAUAUUAUUUUUAUUAUUAGCUGUUUCGUGUUAUGUAGUAAUCUCAAGGAUCAUUCCAUAAUAACCUUACAAAUCACCUGCUCAAAUCCCACAGCCUUGAAUCUACUAGGACAUUUGUCCCAUAUAAACUAUUAACACCUUAGUAAAGACUCUGUGUGCCAAUUUGAACAUGAUUUUUAUCACACUCUAUUUUUACACCUGAGUGUAAACAGCCACCAAACCUGUUGGUUUUAUCGAUACAC